CCCGUAGCUGGCUGGUCAUGGUCCUCAUGGAGAAUGAGAAAGAGAUUAUCCAAUCAAAUGUCCAUUGACCCAGAGAUCUAGGUUUACUCUUCAAAAGCGGUUGAGAAAAGCUCCCUCUCUAUUUUCUAAUUCUCUUCCUUCCCUUUCAAUCUGUAAGUUUUUUUUUUUUUUUUUUCCUUUUUCUUUUAAAGAUCUACAGAUUCUUCAAAACAUAUAUUGUUUUUGAUCUGCCAAAUCAUGUCUCACAAAAAGAAUACUAGUUAUUCUUCAAUACCCAUUAGAUCAUAUCUAGAAUUGCAGCCUCAAGAUGAUUCCCCAAGGCUAUCUUUUGAUGAAACCGGGGGUUAUUUGGGAUCCAAGGUUGUCGUCGACCACGACGACGACAACGACGAUGAUUUUGAAAUCGACAUCGAUAAUUAUCCGCUUGUUGUUGUCGGGCAUAGUCACGGUUCUGGGGUACCUGGGGCUGUGUUCAAUUUGACCACCACGAUUAUUGGGGCAGGGAUUAUGGCCCUCCCUGCAACCAUGAAAGUUCUUGGAGUGAUUGUGGGGAUUUUGUUGAUAAUUCUUAUGGGGAUUUUGUCAGAAAUUAGUGUGGAAUUGUUAGUGCGUUUUUCAGUUUUGUAUAAUGCAUCCUCCUAUGGGGAUGUUGUUCAACAUGCUAUGGGAAGGCCUGCUAAGAUUUUGUCUCAAAUCUGUAUCAUAGUGAAUAAUGCUGGUGUUUUGGUUGUUUACUUGAUAAUCAUGGGGGAUGUUAUGUCUGGUUCCGUUCAUCAUUUGGGGGUUUUUGAUCAGUUAAUGGGAAAUGGGGUGUGGGAUCAGAGAAAGCUUGUGGUUUUUGUUGUUAUGGUGGUUUUUCUGGCACCUCUUUGUUCUCUGGACAAGAUUGAUUCAUUGAGCUUGACUUCAGCUGCCUCAGUGGCUCUUGCUGUCAUAUUUGUUGUUGUUGCUUUUACUGUUGCUUUCAUUAAGCUUGUGGAAGGACGCAUUGAUCCUCCGAGGAUGGUUCCUGAUUUUAGCUCAAAAACGGCCAUCUUGGAUUUGCUUGUGGUGAUUCCCAUCAUGACCAAUGCAUAUGUUUGCCAUUUUAAUGUGCAGCCAAUAUACAAUGAGCUUGAAGGGCGGUCGCCUCAGAAGAUGAACCGAGUAGGAAGGAUGACCACAAUUUUGUGCAUCCUUGUUUACGCAUCAACGGCGCUGUCAGGUUACCUAUUAUUUGGGAAAGAUACAGAGUCUGAUGUGCUGACUAAUUUUGAUAAGGAUCUUGGAAUUAGGUUUAGCUCAGCCUUAAACUAUAUUGUCCGGAUUGGCUAUAUCCUGCAUUUGAUACUUGUUUUCCCUGUUAUUCAUUUCUCCCUACGGCAAACGGUGAAUGACUUAGUGUUUGAAAGAUCACCUCCCCUAUCAGAAAGUAGGAAGAGAUCUCUUGGGUUGACUGUGGUUCUGUUGGUCCUCAUAUUUAUUGGGUCUACCAUGAUUCCAAACAUUUGGACAGCUUUUAAGUUUACUGGGGCGACGACCGCUGUUUCAUUGGGUUUUAUAUUUCCAUCUCUUGUUGCAUUAAGAUCAAGUCAUCUGGGGGAUUUGAGCCAUGGAGAAUGGAUUUUAUCAUGGUUAAUGUUGGUGUUAGCUGUGACUGUUAGCAUAGUAGGAGUCAUUGGCAAUGUCUAUAGCAUCCAGAAUAAGUCUCAGUGAUACUUUGUUUUGGUUGCUUUUUCAUAGGAAUCAGGUUGUAAUUUUAAGUACAAGGCAUGGGAAGGUGAUUUGUUCAUUGGCUCUGCUGCAUAGUGACUCAAACAGCAGAAAAAUGGGCAAUGAGAAGAUCCUUCUGUAAUGUGGGAUAAAUAUUUUUUCUUUUUGCCCCGGCUAUGAUAAUUAGGAUAUGAGAUGUGCACAUAAAGCUUCAAAAGGCCUUAAAUUUUGAGGAUUGGUGACCGGUUGAUUCAGUAUGACGAUUUUUCUGGCUGAUAUGUUUGCCACAGUAAAUUCAAAAGGCCUUGAAGGGGAGUUUUGACACAACUGUUGGUGCUGUUUUCAUGUGACUCGGAGGUCGCAGGGUCGAUUUUAUGGAAUCAGCCGCAUGAAGGUAAGAUUGCCUACUGUAACCCUUCUUUGGACCUUUCGAAUUGCAGGAGCUUUACAGCACUAGCUUGUACUCUCUUAUUUUUUUGGGCAUGGACAUAGCUAUGUAUACAGUUCUCUUGUUCUUUUAUGCCACUUUUAUUUUUUUAUGUUCAUCAAUUUUAGAGAAGAAUGUUGUUGUAACUUUAGUAACAGAUUCCUAAACUGCUUAAC